GGCGUCUCUUUGGUGAGUUCAAGCCGGGUCCGCCGCGUUGUGACGUGAUAGAGUCCGCGGCCCCACCCGUCCGUUUUCUCCGCAGGCACCUGCCUUCGCUCUCCUCAUGGGGCGGGGCGUUGCGAUGAUGAGGGGGCACCAGACUAACCCGGCCCCGGGUGGAGCAGGUGGGAUGACAGGAUGCCCCCUGGUUCCAGCCGUUCCCACGGGCCGGCCCGGACGGCUGCAGCGCCACCUCCUGAGCGGCGAGUUCGAUCAGCUGCGAGACUUCCCCAUCUUUGAGAGCAACUUUGUGCAGGUGACCCGGUUAGGAGAAGUCGCCAACAAGGUCACCAUGGGGGUGGCAGCCUCCAGUCCAGCCCUGGAACUCCCAGACCUGUUGCUGCUGGCCGGCCCUGCCAAGGAUAACGGACGCCUGCAGCUCUUUGGGCUGUUCCCCCUGCAGUUCGUCCAGCUCUUCGUCCACGACGAAAGCCGCUGGCAACUCAAGGUCAAGUUCCGCACAGGUCGCGCCUUCUACCUGCAGCUGCGGGCCCCACCCGAGACCCGAGACUGCGAGUUCGGCCAGUGGGUGCGGCUGCUCUACCGCCUGCGUUUCCAUUCGGCCCAGGGAGCCGUGCCCUUCACGCAGGAGUACCCGACGCUAGAGGAAGGCGAGGAGGAGGACGACGACGAGGAGGACGAGCUGACAGAGAGGGAGGCGCUUCAAGCCAUGGAAGCCAGACUUGACCCACAGACCUCUGAACUCUGGGGACUCUGAUUCCUCCACUAGGCUCUGAGGUCACCAAAGGACCAGAGAUCAAAGUACCCUACGUCAGGGCCAGAAAGAUGAAUUAUUAAAGUUAAUAAAGAUCGGCCACUUAAG